AUGCCUGUUGCUCUUCGCUGUGAUUAUAUCAUGUUGGGAAUCGUGUUUUUUGUAUUUCUGGCCACCUGCUCGGCAGAGUUGGGGUACCAGUACCAGCAGAACAAUGCACUUCUCAACAGUUAUGGGGCUGCAGCUCAGGACUAUGGAAGCGAAGGAACCGAUGGAGAUGGUGGUUAUCCAACGUUAGCUAAUGAACACUACCACGACCAUGCCGAUUUCCACAAGCAUUUUUAUGCCUUCGAAGCGCCCUACGACUCCACCGAGGAGGCGGACCUGGUGGAGACCAAAUUGGCCUCUCUCGCGCAGAAGAACCUGCAGGUGGUGUUCAUCAAGGCCCCGGAAAACAAGGCCGUGGUGGGGGCUCUUAACGCACUGGCCAAGCAAACCACCGAGGAUAAGACUGCCAUCUAUGUGCUGAACAAGCAGACGGAUUCGAACGAAUUGGCAAGCCAACUGAGCGCCUUGAAGGCGCAGCACAAACACAAGCCCCAAGUUCAUUUUGUUAAAUACAGGACGGAAGCGGAGGCAGCCCAGGCACAGCUGCACAUUCAGGAGCAGUACGGCGGAACGGGUUCCCCUCAGCCCGCACAGGCAUCCUCAUUGGGCUACUAUCCGGAGCAGCAGCCGCAGCCGGACCAGGACCAGGGCUACUAUCCAGAGCCCCAAUCGCCGGCCUCACCGCCACCACGGCCUGGUUACUUGCCACCAUCUCCUCAGUCCAGCUACUUGCCGACACCUUCUCCUUCGACCAGUUACUUGCCGACACCUUUGCCCCAGACGAGCUACUUGCCACCAGUCCCCCAACCAAGCUACUUGCCACCAGCACCUCGUCCGCAAACGAAUUACCUGCCACCAGCUCCUCAAUCGAGUUACCUUCCCCCAUCUCCUCCCCAAGCAGGAUAUCUGCCGUCCUUGCCCAACUAUGCCUCCAUUUCUCAGGGCUACAAUGCGGCUGGAGCUGGAUCUGGGGCAGCAGGCACUCUGGGCCAGAUCGAUUUGCCGCCUCUGCCUGAGCCGCAGCAGGAUCUUGGUGGCAGCUACGACGACUUGGAUGAACGAUCCGGGAGAUCGCUUCGCACCGGUUUCCGAGCCAACGAGAGACGGCGCUCGGGCAGUCGCAUGGUCUUUCCCACAGAGCUAUCCUCCUCCAACUACUAUCGUUCCCAGCAAGUCUCCAAGCGCCGAAGACGCGCCCACCACUAAACAUUCCUCCGCUAAUUAAGACAUUAAAAUAGUUCCAUAAGACUGCCAUGCCCCGUGUG